GGCGAGCAGGAGCUGGACGCCAACUCCGCCCUUAUGGAGUUGGACAAAGGCCUCAGGUCUGGCAAACUCGGGGAGCAGUGUGAAGCCGUCGUUCGUUUUCCAAGGCUCUUCCAGAAAUAUCCUUUCCCUAUUCUUAUUAAUUCAGCUUUUCUAAAGCUAGCUGAUGUCUUCAGAGUGGGAAACAACUUCCUUAGGCUGUGUGUGCUGAAAGUUACUCAGCAGAGUGAGAAGCACUUGGAGAAGAUCUUAAAUGUCGAUGAGUUUGUGAAAAGAGUUUUCUCAGUAAUUCAUAGCAAUGAUCCAGUUGCUCGAGCUAUUACACUUCGGAUGUUGGGCAGCAUGGCAUCUAUUAUUCCAGAAAGGAAGAAUGCACAUCACAGUAUUCGUCAGAGUUUGGAUUCCCAUGAUAAUGUGGAAGUUGAAGCUGCUAUAUUUGCUGCUGCCAAUUUUUCUGCACAAUCAAAGGAUUUUGCUGCAGGAAUAUGUAAUAAGAUCAGUGAGAUGAUUCAAGGUUUAGCCACACCUGUGGACUUGAAGUUGAAGUUAAUCCCUAUUCUACAGCACAUGCAUCACGAUGCGAGCCUGGCCUCCAGCUCCCGGCAGCUGCUUCAGCAGUUGGUGACAUCGUAUCCCUCUACCAAGAUGGUCAUUGUUACUCUGCACACCUUUACUCUGCUGGCUGCUUCUUCUUUGGUUGACAUUCCUAAACAGAUCCAGCUUUUGUUGCAGUACUUGAAGAAUGACCCCAGGAAGGCUGUGAAGAGGCUUGCAAUCCAAGACUUAAAGUUGUUGGCCAACAAGACACCGCAUACAUGGAGCAGAGAAAAUAUUCAGGCACUCUGUGAAUCUGCUCUUCACACUCCUUACGACAGCUUGAAACUGGGCAUGCUAUCUGUUCUUUCUGUGUUAUCAGGGACCAUUGCCAUUAAACAGUACUUCAGCACUGCUCCAGGAACAGCAGCUACAACUGUGAGAUCAUUUGAUUUAGUAAAGCUAGCACAGGAGUGCUGUUACCAUAAUAACCGUGGCAUUGCAGCUCAUAGUGUGAAAAUUCUGACUAACAUAUCAGCCUCUUGUCAGGAAAAAGAUCUUCUACCUUUGGAGCAAGAUGCAGUUUUUGGCUCAGAAUCUCUUCUUAUUCUUUGUAGUCAAGAUGACAGUCCAGGAGCUCAGGCAACCUUAAAGAUCACAUUAACUUGUAUGGUGAAGCUCGUCAAGUGCCGUCCUCACCUGAGCCAGUCAGUAGUUGAAUCCCUGCUGACGCAGUUGCACAGUGCCCAGGAUGCUGCUAGGAUUCUGAUGUGCCACUGUUUAGCAGCUAUUGCCAUGCAGUUGCCUGUCUUAGCAGAUGGGAUGCUAGGAGACCUAAUGGACCUCUAUAAAUUAAUUGGACGAUCUGCCACAGAUAAAAAACAGGAACUCUUGGUUUCUCUUGCCACAGUGAUAUUUGUUUCCAGUCAGAAAGCUUUAUCUUCAGAAAUCAAAACUGUUAUCAAACAGCAGCUUGAGAAUGCCUCCAAUGGAUGGACAGCCUACAGGAUAGCCAGGCAGGCUUCCAGAAUGGGCAACCAUGACAUGGCCAGAGAGCUGUAUCAAAGCCUGCUGACUCAGGUGGCCUCAGAGCACUUCUACUUCUGGCUGAACAGCUUGAAGGAGUUCUCCCAUGCAGAGCAGUGUCUGACAGGUUUGCAGGAGGACAACUACAGCUCAGCGCUUUCUUGCAUUGCUGAAGCUUUAAAAUCCUACCACAAAGGAAUAGCGUCACUGACGGCUGCUAGCACUCCACUUAAUCCUCUGAGCUUUCAGUGUGGAUUUGUGAAACUCAGAAUUGACCUUCUGCAAGCUUUUUCUCAACUUAUUUGUACCUGCAACAGCCUAAAAACAAGUCCACCACCAGCUAUUGCCACAACAAUUGCUAUGACAUCAGGAAACGAUCUCCAAAGGUGUGGGCGCAUCUCUAACCAGAUGAAACACUCAAUGGAGGAAUUCCGAAACCUGGCUACACGGUAUGGAGAUCUGUAUCAGUCAUCUUUUGAUGCAGACUCAGCAACUCUAAGGAAUGUAGAACUACAACAGCAGAGCUGCCUGUUGAUUUCCCAUUCAAUAGAAGCUCUGAUUUUGGAUCCAGAAUCUGCAAGUUUCCAGGAAUAUAGCUCAAAUGGAACAGCACAUGUUGAAAGUGAAUAUGAAAGAAGAAUGAUGUCUGUAUUUAAUCAUGUACUGGAAGAAGUGGAAUCCCUCAACAGGAAGUAUGCUCCUGUGUCUUACUUGCAUACGGCUUGUCUGUGCAAUGCUGUCAUUGCAUUGUUGAAGGUGCCCCUUUCAUUUCAAAGGUACUUUUUUCAAAAGCUGCAGUCUACAAGUAUUAAGCUGGCUCUGUCCCCAUCUCCAAGGAAUCCAGCAGAACCUAUUGCAGUACAGAACAAUCAGCAAUUGGCUCUGAAGGUGGAAGGAGUGGUUCAGCAUGGAUCUAAACCAGGCCUUUUCCGUAAAAUUCAGUCAGUCUGUCUAAAUGUCUCUUCAGUGCUGCAGAGCAAAUCUGGACAAGACUAUAAGAUUCCUAUUGACAACAUGACCAAUGAAAUGGAGCAGAGGGUGGAACCACACAACGACUACUUCAGCACUCAGUUUCUGUUAAACUUUGUGAUACUUGGCACCCACAACAUCACAGUAGAGUCCUCUGUAAUAGAUUCAAAUGGUAUUGUCUGGAAAACUGGGCCUAAAACAACUAUUUUUGUUAAAUCUCUGGAGGAUCCGUACUCCCAGCAGGUUCGUCUUCAACAACAGCAAGGACAGCCUCCAUCACAGCAGCAACAGCAAAGAACAGCGUACUCACGGUUUUAAUUCCCAGAAGUUACUCU